AUGUCGCAAUCUGACGAUGGAUUACGUCCUCCAGUAUUGUCACGUAACGCUUCUCCUACAGAGCGUGACGCAGUGCAUUCAUCGGAUAAUCGCCAUAUGGAGCUGGAGCUCGCACGUCUGCGCAUCAGAGAGUUGGAAAUUCAACUUGAACUGCAGAAACUUUCUGAAGCGAAAGCCAAAAGGAACAAUCAGGACGAAUGCGAUUCGCACACUCAACUUCAAUCAGAUCCAGCUGAUUCGAAGUCCAUAGCCUUUGCCCUGGAAAGGCGACUGGAAUUACCGAAGCGCGAAUUGCAACGCUUUAAUGGGAACCCGAAGGACUAUUGGGCCUUCAUGAAAGCGUUCAGUAGUACUAUUGAAGACCGUACCCGAGACGAUGAGGCUCGCCUGGGUUAUUUAAUACAAUAUUGUGACGGCGAAGCAAAAAGAAGGAUUGAGCAUUGUACGGUCCUACGACCCAACGAAGGUUACGGGCUCGCGAAGGAAAUUUUAAGAAAGCGAUUCGGCCAGAACUACAUGGUGGCCCGAGCGUUUAUCGACGAUUUGAUCACUGGGCCCACUAUAAAAGAUGGUGAUUCGUCCACCCUAUCCGAUUUGGCACAACAGCUGACCGUGUGUGAGGUAACAUUAAGAGAAAUGGAUUAUUCGUCCGAUCUUAAUUCCCAACAUACGAUUCAGACCAUUGUACGAAGAUUACCUUCUCGACUUCGUUUCAAAUGGGCCAAAGCUGUCGCUAACAUCAGACGAGAAGAUCGUGAGCCAGAAGUUACUGACCUUACUGCCUUUAUUGAAGCACGCGUUGAUAGCCUGUGUUCGGAUUACGGCGAACCUGCUCUCAGUCUAGCGUCCGAGGAACGAGCGAGAAAAAGGCCACCACUAUCCGGUCAAAUACACGGUAGAAAUAUUCAUUCUACUCAAACGUUAGCUUCUCGUACCGGUAUCGAUCCUCGCUGUGGUGUCUGUGGCGAAGCCCAUUAUCCUGAUCAAUGUGCGCAAUUUAUUGCAGAGUCAUCAGAAAAGCGUCGCGAAAUCGUAAUGCGCCGUAAACUGUGCAAUUUGUGCCUACGCCCAAAUCAUGUCGCGAAAAUCUGCAGGUCGUGA